GUAUCACGUACUACAUGUUGGAGGAUUAGAUGUGAAAUGUACUGUGUAGUGGAGUGUAUGGUGUUUGUGAACUGAAAGAAGCAUUCAUGAUUCAGGAAACGCAAUCGGGCAGCGCGGAAAGAUGGAGUGGAUGUGGUCCAGAGCACAACCUGGCACUCCAACAAAUUCUCAAACUACAGGAGGCCAGAGCUCUUCACAAAACUUCUCUUCUACCGAUCUACAAGAAAAACGGUCUUCCAUCACCUCCGAAAGUCAGCCACGAGUACGAACAAAUCAAAGAUAAAAAUAUGGAAAACAACGAGGAACUAAAAGCGAUCGAUCAAUUAAAACUCGAAGCUGAAUUUAAAAGGCUCAUGGAGAGUUCAGGCAAAGAUGUCAGAAAUGAUGAAUCUUUCAAAUAUUUUCAACAUAUUAUGGACGCUAAAAACAGUUUUGAUUAUUUAAAAGCUGCGCAGGAGAAAGAAGCUAGAAAUCAUUACUUUAAUAAGGAUUUGAGUGUUAAGACAGAAAAACUAUCACCGAACUAUAACCGAUAUUCACCUGAACAAACGCACUCACCGCAAAGAACCUCAUCUGCGGAAGCUUCUCCAAAUCAUAGUGUCCAUCUAUCUACCUCAUCUAGUCCUCUCUCAACUACUAGUCCUGUUAAUUCAUCACCCUUAAAUUAUUUACAAAAUAUGCAACCCUUCGAUUUUAGAAAACACAAAAUCAGCGAAAAUCAUACUAAAGAUGAAAAUAGAAAACGUGGUUAUGAUAUGACUUCAGCAGAGAAAGCGGCUAUGGAUGCGAUGCGAAAUCAAUUUUUUAAUUUCCAGUUACCAAACAAUAUGCCUAUUCCUCCUAUUUCUUUACCUUCUUCAUUUUCACAUCCUGCAGCAAUGGUUGCUGCUUUAAGCCAAAAUCCAAUGGGGUUGGCAUCAUUACAAGCACUCCUUCCACAAAUAUCAGGUAAGCCUUCAGAAGCAACAGAUAAUAGAAUGAACAAUGCCUUGAGUAAGACAAGAUCUGAAAGCUUACGAAGUGAAGAUGACAAUGUUCUUAACUUAAGUAAAGAUGCUUAUGUGGAAGCUGCACAAAAAACAAGAGACAUGAUGUUGGGUAAAUGCAUAAGCCCACCGAAGAGACAGUGGGGUGCAUCUCAGAUGCCAUUAAAUUUAGGCACACAUUUUAUAAAUCCCGCUACCGGUAAGAAACGAGUUCAAUGCAACGUGUGCCUUAAAACUUUUUGUGAUAAAGGUGCUUUAAAAAUUCAUUUUUCGGCGGUACAUCUAAGGGAAAUGCACAAAUGCACAGUUGAAGGUUGUAGUAUGAUGUUUAGUUCUAGAAGGUCAAGGAACAGACACAGUGCCAACCCAAACCCAAAAUUACAUUCGCCUCAUUUAAGAAGGAAGAUCUCACCACACGAUGGAAGAAGUGCUCAGUCACAUCCUGUAUUAAUUCCACCACCUGGUGCAGGCUUGAAUAUGCCACCAGUAAUAAGUUCUAUGCAUCCAUUUGGAUCAUACCCACUGCUAAAUCCAUCACAAAACAUGAGAUCAUACGCUUCAAACAUACCCUUAGAUUAUAAAAAUGGCCUUAAUUUCUCACCUACAAUUGAUCAGGGUCAUCAUUUACGACGUGAAUCUAGUUCCGUAGAAAAUAAAGAUCAUGAAGGACAAGGGGACUCUGAUGAAGAUGAUGGAAUUGUUGUUGUUGCUGGUGACGAUGACGAUGACGAUAAUGAUCAGGUCGAGACUAGUGAUUACUAUUCCAAUCUCAAUAAGUCAACUGGGUCUGCAGAUGAAUCAGAAACAGAAUAUGACCAAAGAAGUGUAAGUGAUAAUAAUGAAAAUUCAGACACUGUUAAAGACGUUGCAAGUCCUGAAGUAAUAAAACGGAAACGUAAAAAUCUUAAUCCUACUAGACUUAAAAAUAAUUAUGUAAUUGACAGCAAUGAUUUUGAAAACAAGAACGACGAUCAAAACCAAGACGAAGACAGAGCUUUAAAUUUGAAAAGAGUCAAGUGUGAGGAAACAGACGUUGAUAGUAGUAAAUAUUCGGUUCCUUAUGAGAAAGUUGAAAAUCUUAAGAUAAAACAAGAACCUCAACCAAUAAAACAAGAGGCAAAUGAGAUAAAUUAUUGUGCCCAAGAUUUACGAGUUAAGGAAGAACCCACGGAUAAAUUGGAAACUAACAAAUCAAAUGAAAUAUUUAACCAGAGCAGUGACCACUUUUCUUCUGAAAAUUCUUUAAAAAGACUAGAAAGCUUAUCGAAAGGCGACUUUCCCCACACUCCAAAGAAAGUUGAAACACACCAUUCAUCGGGUCCUUAUAAUCCAAGUGUAAACGAAGGUAUUGAUUAUUCUGAUAGAUCUCCUUCGUCAUCAGUUUCAAGCUAUGAAUACGCAUCAGAUGACAACCAAGGCCAAAUCUAUGGCCACUUUGAUAAUGGCUUUUUUAUAGUAACUACAGAUGUUCCCGUAGAUAUGGACAAUCCUCUUAAAUGUAAAGUUUGUGAUAAGUUUUUUCAAAACAUGUAUAUUUUAAAGACACAUUACCAAAAUGCACAUUUAAAAGUGAUGUACAAAUGUAACACCGAUGGUUGUAGAGCAGCUUUCAAUACUCGUCGCAGCAGGGAUCGUCACAGUGCAAACACUAACUUGCAUAGGCGAAUACUAGUUGAAGACUUGAGAAUAUAUAACGAUCUGCGUUUGUUAGAUAAAAUAAAAGAACAAAUAGAGCAGAUUUCAAAACUGAACGAAGACGAACGAGCCGUUCCUUAUAUCGAGUCACAAAAGUAUUACCGUGCCAGAGAUAGUGAAAAAUUAAAAAGUCAUUUAGGGCAAAUGCCUUUCAGUGCUCCAUAUCCACCACUACCUUUGCCAGAAUCCUAUUUAAACGGACGUGACAUGUUUAGUCAGCAUCCUUUCCUAUUUACUCCGUUUGGUAUGCUCCCAAAUUUUCCUCCUUUACCAUUCGGAUUUCUGCCACCUAGUCUUAAUAGUUUUGGUUGUCAAAACCAAAAUUACUCACCGCCUUUGACUCAAAAAGUCAACUACUGCGUAGAAGAUGAGGCACCAAGACCAAACAAAGAUGGUUUCUAUUCGUGCCGAGGUUGUAGGGAGUGUUUCAAGGACUUGUCUAGUCUGAAGAUGCAUUGUGAAAGUGUUCAUGUACAAUUAUUGCAUCGGUGUUCAGUUAGUGGAUGCAACGCUGCAUUCUUCUCAAGGACUAAGAGAAAUAUUCAUAGCGAGGCACAUGUUAAUCGACGCCAAAAUGGCAGGGUCCAAACGAGUCUAUCGUGACCCCACUUCUCGUAACCAGUGUUUACAGACUGUUAAUUACAGAUUAUCCAGUGCAUUUGUGAUUUCAUUUAGAUUUAGUAAUAGUACUUAUAAAUAGUAUAGUUAUCUGUAUACCCAGUACCUUCAAAUUCUCAACCCAUUAUGCAACA